AUUUUUCUCCUCCAACUCGCAGAACGCAAACGGACGUCUACACGAACAUCACGACGAGAUGACUGAAAUGUCGAAUUGGAAUGUGCUGAGCGUGGAGGCUGCGCUGCAACAACUGAACGCCUUCGAGGGAGAUGAUUCCGAAAAGAUAAUAAGGCGCCCUAAUACAACGAUAGAAAAAUUGCCGGACAAAGUUCUUCUGAAUGUCUUUUGCUACCUUUCGCACCGCGAGAUAUGCAGAGUUGCUCGAGUUUGCAAACGCUGGCGACAAAUCGCGUAUGAUACGCGUCUCUGGAAGCAUGUAUCCCUAAGACCGGAAGUAAGUGGGUUCCAUGUGAACUCUCUAGAAAAUUUGUUACAUUUAAUCAGCGUACGCUUUGGACCUACAUUGAGGUACAUCGAAUUACCGAUCGAACUGAUCACUCAUACGGUUCUUCAUGAAUUAGCUAAUAAGUGUCCAAAUUUAACACAUAUGUUGCUGGACUUUUCGACUGCGAUGCAACUGCACGACUUCUCAGAAAUGCAAGCGUUUCCUACGAAAUUGAAAUAUAUGUGUAUUUGUUUAUCCGAAGUAAUCUUCAUGGAAGGUUUUAUGCGAAAGAUUUAUAAUUUUAUUAAUGGCCUGGAAAUACUUCAUUUAAUCGGGACAUAUGAAAAGGUUGAAGAAGAAGAAGAAGAGAUUUAUGAGGUAAUCAAUGUACAUAAACUAAAAUCGGCAACGCCAAAUUUAAGAGUCAUCAAUUUAUACGGAAUUAACUUCGUGGAUGAUUCGCAUAUCGAUGCUUUUUCCUCUAAUUGUAUACAAUUAGAAUGCUUGGCGGUGAAUUAUUGUUCCAAAGUGACUGGUUCGACCAUGAAAACUCUCUUUCAAAGGAGUAGAAGACUGACGUGUCUUCUUAUGCAAGGAACAAAUCUGCAGAGCGAAUAUGUGAUGCAAGUUGAAUGGGAAAAGUCGAGCAUUCUGGAGCUCGACAUUACUGCUACAGAUCUAUCGACGGAAUGCCUGAUUGACAUGUUGAGCAGAAUCCCCGGACUGCGUUUUCUGAGCGCCGGUCAAUUAAACAAUUUUAAUGAUAAUGUGCUGAAAGCCUGGACUGAGCUUGGAAAUACGCGGAACUUGAUAGCACUGGACUUAGAUAGAUCCGAUAAUUUGAGCGACGAUGCUCUACACAAGUUCCUGUCGAGGUACGGCCAUCAGCUGUAUGGCCUCGCGCUGUAAGGGAUGGCGGUUACUGACCAACUUUGGCAAAGUGUAUUACCAAUUCUCACUAAUGCAAAAAUACUUGUGAUGGGCACUCAAGAGAGACUGGGCGUUAAUAUUCACGUGGAUCAGUUGAUGGACGGAAUUGCUAAUAAUUGUCCUAAUUUGGAGCGUUUGGAAUUGCGAUGGGACCCGGAAAACUUACGAUUUUCGGACAAAAGUCAGAAAGCUAUUGAUAUUCUACGUGUGAAGUGUAUCAAGAUGAAAUGUUUAAGCCUCAGUGACGGAAGAUACUAUGAAAUCGUCAAAGCGAAUUUCGAGCGAGCCGAUCGACUUACAGUUGUGAGAACUAUUACGUGUUGCAGAGUAUCGAAUUACUAUCUUUUGCAAAAUUAUAAGGAUCUAAUUUUUAAUUAAGGCACGUUGAUGAUAGGUUUUCAAGUUGUUUUGUGAGUGUUACCACGACUCUGUUGACAUGGAAAAGUGCUUAAAAAUAAAGCGACAAAAUAAUAUAUUUAUGUAUAAAAUACGAUAUUUUCAUUACGCCAGUAUUAAUGUAUAGAUUAGUUAAUAAGGAAACAAGAUUGUAUCAUACAACAAAUUGUAAUUUAAUAUCGCAAACACUAUUUUUUACGCUGAACA